GAGUAAUUUGGUGUCCGAGGUCACAAGACACGUAUUUAUACUAAUCGAACCUGCAUAACGCAAAAACCAGGGUUUUAUUGUAGUGCAGAAUUCAGAAAAAAACGUCGUGUCUGACUUAUUACAGAUCAUUGGAAACAGCAUGUGAAGCUUAUGUUGUACUUUCGUCUUUUGUUAUGCAUUUGAUUUGUAUUUAUUUUUUCAAUUUUACAAUGCAAAAGGCUGAUUUCAGGUUCACUGGAGUGCGAAGGAAGUCAAUUGUAGUCAAAAAUAUAUAUUUAUUUUAAAUAUUUUUUAGAUAUUUUACAUGAUAACACUGAAAGUGUUUCUCGUAAUUUAAAAUAAUUCUCAAUUUGUUGUGGAUAAUGCGAUUAUACAGUCAUCUACGUAAGCAUAUGGAAUAAAAAACUUAUAAAAUUAUCUGAAAGUAUGUUAAUUCUUAAAAGUAUUUUGGGUUCAGUAAAAAUUGAUUGAUGGGAAUUUUUAAAAAAAACUCACAAUUAAUUUUUUUUUAUUUUUUUUUAAAUUUAUUGAUUUUAAAAAAGCUCAUCUUGAUUUUUAUUAAUAUGUUGGUUAACAAAAAAAAUGUCUGCUAAUGAUUUCUGCUAGAAGUGUAAUAAACAAUCUAAUUGAAAUUGUUUUUUAUUCUCAGUAAUUAUUUUAUGGUUGUAUGUUUUUUUGAAGGAAGGCAGUGCUUCCUGUGGUCUUUCCUUUUGUAAUCCCUGUUCUUUGUCUCCUUUGGCUCCAGUAAGCAUACAUGGCUAUGCAUUAAUUAAGGAAAGACUUUUAAAACAACUAUCAAAACUAAAAUAGUUUGUCUUGUUAUGUUUGGUUUGUUUUGUUUCUCACUUCUUAUAAGUAAUGCUAGAAUAUCUUACUGUCUAGCAUCGUUUCUUCACUUUAAUUUAAUUUGUUGUUUAAACAAACAGCUCAAUCAAAUGAUUACAAGUUGGUUGAUGUCCUAUUGUCAAGCAAUUAAUUAAAUUUGAAAUUUAAUAACUGAUGUGUUGAUAUUAUUAAGUUUGGUAGCUAUAGACCAUAACUAGUUUAUAAGUUGUCGCUGUAUUAAUGAACCUUAAAAAUUUAGCUAUGCUUCAACAUUGUUAAGAGCAACCGUUUUUAUGUAAGUGUUACACCCCCCUGUAAGAAAUCUGCAAGGUUUUUAAUUAUCACAUGUUUAAAGUGCUUUAUGUGACUUUUUCCUGUAUUUACAAAGGUAAAAUCGCUCUUCUGUAGCACAUCUGUUGGAAAAUUGUUUUUCCUGUGGUUAAACUUCACUUGCAUGGUAAUUAAAAAGUUUUUAAUUAAUUAUAAUCAAGACCUUCCCCCCUCUCUCAGUAUACGCACUAUUUCCAGAACUUUUCUAUUAAUGCUUUUCCUGUCAUAACUUGUUUCUACAUUUUCUUUCUUACCACUUGUGCUAGAUAAUAACAUACUUUUUUUGGUAUUUAAUGAGAAGAAGUUUUUAAAUUUUAUGUAAAUAGACUUUCUCAAUCAUCAGAUAUAAUUGGUCAGGUUUGUUGACAUUUUCAAAUGACGUCAAUAUUAUGAAGCUGUAAUUAUGGUUUCUGUUUCUAUUCCUCUACUUUAUUAAUAUUUUAUAAAAAUCUCUUGAGUCAGAAGAAAAAUCUCUUUAGUCAGAAGAAGUUGUGUUUUUAUCUGUAUAUAUAUAUAUUUAUUUUCAUCUUUCAUCAUUUUAUGUCUAAGCAUUAUUAAAGAUUUACAGUUUUUGUCUUUUGUUUUAUUAUGGUUAUUAUGUUAGUUAUGAUCUUACCUAUGUAGUUAUGUAAAAGUGAGCAUGGCUGCAUCGUUGAGUUUUCUUAUUUACAUUUGACAAGCCUUCAGAUUUUCAGAAAAAAGUUAAUAAGUAAGUAUUAGUUAGCUAGUAAGUAAUUUGAAAAACACAGUUCCUUGUAAAGUUUAAACUUAUGUUUCUUAGCCUACAAUUACGUUGGCUGAAAUAAGAAACAAAACAUUAUAUAUGAUUAAGUGUUUUGAACUAUAGAAUUAAUAUAGGGUUAAUCUAUUUUGGUCUACAUAAAGUGAUGGUUAGAAAAGUAAACUAAAAACUAAAUUUUGUUCAUUAAAACUGAACUGAUAUUUGUUUUCUGUUUUCUUUUUCGUUUUCUUUUAGUUCUGUGACGAAUGUUUAGAUAUUAUUUUAUUUUAUUUUGUUGCCACAUUGUAUGUGUGUGUAACCUAAAGUAUACAGGUCAUAUGACUGUAAGACAAAGAUGGCAUUUGCAAGUAGCGGGUGGCAAACUUCUCUUAUGUGCUAACAGCAAGUAUUUAAAUAAUAGGUAGUGUCAAACACAUCAGCUUUUUAGCUUUCCAAUUCUUUUAUGUUGCUGAAACUCUUGCCUUCACAAAACGUUUAAUUCUUUAAUGUCUGAGAUAAUAAGUGGUUGAUAAGUGUAAUUCUUCACCACAUUUUGUUUUGCAGACUAUUAUUUGUACAUACAUAGAAGCUUGUUAACUGUUUUAAUAAACUUAAUGAGUCUAAGGUUGUCUAAAUUAGUUUUCAGGAUUAACAAAAGCGCUGCGUAAUGCUAAGUAAUUAGGAAACAAGAGUUAAUUACUUCCCUUCACGUAAAAAAAAAAUUGUCGCUUUUUUUAAAGGAAUCAUAAAGAUACAGAUGAAAGUCAGUGUUAGUUAAAAAUGGAUUUCAAUUCUCGCACGCCAUAUCUUUUAUUUGUGGUAGUUUUUUGUGUUGGUUUUGCUGAGGCUGCAAACUCUACAAAUUCUACAAAUACCUCUCAUCAAUCACAUACAUCAAAAGGCGAGGGGAUUGUUAUUUUUAAGUUCGACAUUCACCAUGUGGCGACUCCUUUUGUUGUUUGUUGUUGGGUGCUGCUUGCAAGUAUAUCGAAAAUAUUAUUUCAUCAUUCUGAAUGGAUAUCCUCAACCAUACCUGAAUCAUGCAUGCUGAUUUUGCUUGGACUUCCCAUUGGUUUUAUCUUAAAUGCUCUCAAUGUAACAGAUGAUGAACAAAUCUUUCUUUCAUCAGAAUUAUUCUUCAAUUAUCUGCUACCUCCUAUCAUAUUGGAUGCAGGCUACUUUAUGCCAUCUCAAGUUUUCUAUUCAAAUAUUGGUACCAUUCUCUUGUAUGCUGUCUUUGGAACUAUGUUUAAUGCAUUUGCCGUUGGUGUUUCGUUAUGGGCGACUGCUGAUGUAAGUCAAAUAGAUUUGCCAAUCCUAAAUGCACUGCUGUUUGGAUCUCUCAUAUCUGCAGUUGAUCCAGUUGCUGUUUUGGCUGUGUUUGAAGAAGUUCAUGUUCAUGAAGUACUUUACAUGUUAGUGUUUGGUGAAUCAGUUUUGAAUGAUGCUGCUUCUGUGGUACUUUACAGGACAUUUGAAAGUUUGGUUGAAAGCACUGUAGAUGCUAAACAGGUUGGUUUGGCUAUUGCAUCAUUUUUUGUUGUAUCGAUUGGUGGUACAAUGAUCGGUAUUGUGUUUGCACUAACAACAAGCUUUAUAACAAAGUUUACAGAGCAUGUUCGAGUGAUUGAACCUGCAUUAGUAUUUCUGAUGGCAUACAUGUCAUAUUUGUCAGCUGAAAUAUUUCACUUCUCAGGAAUCAUGAGUAUCUUGUUUUGUGGUAUCGUAAUGAAACCCUAUGUCGAGUCAAAUGUUUCAAGAAAAUCACAUACGACGAUAAAGUAUUUUUUAAAAUUGUUAAGUUCAGCUUGUGAAUCACUUAUUUUCAUGUUUCUUGGCGUGUCUUUGGUGCACAGUAAACACAACUUUAAUUUCAGCUUUGUGUGUCUUACAUUGCUUUUUACUACUAUCUACAGAGCUAUAGGUGUUGUGUUUUUAACUGGUGUUGCAAAUCGAUUUGGUCGUCUUACAAAAGUAAAGAGAGUUGAACAAUUUAUCAUGAGUUAUGGUGGACUACGUGGAGCUGUUGCAUUUUGUUUGGCUAUCUUAAUCAAAUCUUCUGGUGUCAGUGACUUUCGUAAUAUCGUUGUUACAACAACUAUAAGUGUGGUUAUAUUCACAGUGUUCAUACAGGGAACCACAAUCAAAAAGUUAGUUGAAGUUUUGGGUGUUAGAAGAUCACAGAAGCGAGAGAAAUCCAUGGCAGAAACCUUAAAUGACAGGAUGCUUGGUUACAUGGUGGCAGGUGUUGAAGAUAUCAUAGGUGUACACAGGAAUGGCUAUUUUAUGAAUUUACUUGCAUUUUUAAAUCGCAAAUAUUUACGACAAUGGUUAGAGCGUGAUCCUGAUUUGUUUUUGGAUGAAGAUUUGGUGUAUGCAGAAAGAAGGAUGGCGUUUAAACAUGCUUUAUGUUAUGCUACCAACCCUUCAAUGAUACUGGCAAGAGAAAAUGACGAAGCUGAACUCAACGACUUAAAGAAAAAUCCUUCUAUAGCUAUGCAGUUAGCAUUGAAGGCGCAAGAGGCAAAGGGACCAGAAUGUGGAAUAAUUGAUAUUAAUAUAUUAAAAGCUGAUGGAGAGAACAUACUAGAAGAAAACUCUGAAGCUUUCAAUCAAAGAAGUAUCACUGGUCUAAUUCCAAAAGCAAGGAAAUUGUCAAAGCGAACAUAUUCAAAACGAAAGUAUACUUUGGAUUCAUUGGACGAGAAAGAAGCAGUAGAAGACCGUUACCUCAAAUUGAAACGUGAGGAGAUAACACGUCGCCAAGCAACAUCACAUUCCAACAAACAUCACCAUCAUCGUCGUCAUCACCACCGUCAUAAACACGCAAAGAAAAGCAGUCAAAAACCUGACAUGGACACACUUCCUGAAAUGACGGAAAUGGAAAAUCCAAUAGUUGACGUAAAAGCGAAAUAUGAGAUUAAUGGUAGCGAUAGCAACAGCGAUGACGAAGAUGGCGGAAUACAUUUUAAUGUGUCGCACAAAGCUGAAAAUAAGAGCUUUGAGGACGAAUAUGGACCAAGUUUACCUGCCUCUUGUGAUGCACCUAUUUCUUCAACGCAAUAUGCAAACAUACCAAUAUUAGACAAUGCGCCAAAAAAAUUAUCAGGUCGUGAUCAGGAGGGUUUACAAGAAGCUAAACGGUGGAGAUCUUUUUCACUGGAUUCAGCUGAAGAUGUGCCAGCAAGUGACGAUGUACGGGUAGAUAUAUCAGAACCUUAAGUUAAUUUCGCAAGUUUUUUUAUGCAACGUGCUUAAUAAUAAUUUUCUCUUGAAUAUUGUGGAAAAAUUGUUUACUGUGAUGAAUUCUAAGUGAUUUAUUUAUAUGUAUAUUAUUAGAUGUUAUUUUUUUAUAGUUAUCUUUAUUAGUUAUUUUCUAUCACUAUUUUUGGCAUAAAGUCAAUUAGGGUAAAAUUUGUAUUUUUUUUUUGUUGUUCUGUUUUAAUUUUUCUAGAGAAGUUGUUUUUAGACCAAAUUCUAGCAAUUGUCUCGUCUAUAGAUUAGAAGUUUCUUCAAUAGCAAUAAAGGUUCAUAUCACCUCAAGUUCUUCCGACUUACAAUUCUUUCAUAUAUAAUUUUUUAUAUGUUAAAAAUAUUUUGAUAUGAUUUAUUUAAAUUAUUAAAAUUAAUUUUGAGUUGACAUAAUAUUAAGUUAGAGUUUGCAGCUAUGGUUUUUUUCCUAUAUCAGCUACAGAGACCCCCUAGAAUUUUCAUCGAAGCGAAUCUAAAGAUCUAAACUGGAUAGAUGAUUAAGAAAAAUUAAAAAAAAUAUUUUAAUUUCGUUAUCAUAGUUUUUAUUUUGAAUUAUUUUGUUUUUAUUAGCAUUUUCUUGUAUGUAAUUAUAUAAAAAUGAUUGUAUUUAAUAUUUGAGAAGUAUAAUAAUUGUCUUCAUUCAUAAAAAUAAUUCGUUUAUCUUGAAAAUGAUACAAAAAUUAAUUUUAUCAAAAGAGAAAUUUGGCCACU